ACUUCCUUUUCGUGGCACUAUAAAGGGUGCUGCACGGUGCUUGCAUCUCUUCGCCCCUCGGAGCUGGAAAUGCGACUGCUGGGAUAUUCGGAUGCUGGGGAGCUGGAGGCGGAGGCGGCUGGGAAGGUCCGAGCGAUGUGACCAGGCCGCCAUCGCUCGUCUCUUCUUCUCUCCUGCCGCCUCCUGUCUCGAAAAUAACUUUUUUAGUCUAAAGAAAGAAAAAAAAAAAGUAGCCGUCCGCCCCUCACGCCCUCUCUUCCUCUCAGCCUUCUGCCCGGUGAGGAAGCCCGGGGUGGCCGCUCCGCCGUCGGGGCAGCGCCGCCAAGCCCCGGCCGCCCCGGGCCGCCCCCACACGCCGCCCCCAUGCAUCCCUUCUACACCCGGGCCGCCACCAUGAUAGGCGAGAUCGCCGCCGCCGUGUCCUUCAUCUCCAAGUUCCUCCGCACCAAGGGGCUCACGAGCGAGCGACAGCUGCAGACCUUCAGCCAGAGCCUGCAGGAGCUGCUGGCAGAACAUUAUAAACAUCACUGGUUCCCAGAAAAGCCAUGCAAGGGAUCGGGUUACCGUUGUAUUCGCAUCAACCAUAAAAUGGAUCCUCUGAUUGGACAGGCAGCACAGCGGAUUGGACUGAGCAGUCAGGAGCUGUUCAGGCUUCUCCCAAGUGAACUCACACUCUGGGUUGACCCCUACGAAGUGUCCUACAGAAUUGGAGAGGAUGGCUCCAUCUGUGUGCUGUAUGAAGCCUCACCAGCAGGAGGUAGCAAUCAAAACAGCACCAACGUGCAAAUGGUAGACAGCCGAAUCAGCUGUAAGGAGGAACUUCUCUUGGGCAGAACGAGCCCUUCCAAAAACUACAAUAUGAUGACUGUAUCAGGUUAAGAUAUAGUCUGUGGAUGGAUCAUCUUAUAAUGAUGGAUAAAUUUGAUUUUUGCUUUGGGUGGGCUCCUCUUGGGGAUGGAUUAUGGAAUUUAAACCAUGUCACAGCUGUGAAGAUCUGGCACAAGAUAGAGUGGUAAAAAAAAAAAUUUUUAAGUGACAGUGCCAUAGUUUGGACAGUACCUUUCAAUGAUUAAUUUUAAUAGCCUGUGAGUCCAAGUAAAUGAUCACUUUAUUUGCUAGGGAGGGAAGUCCCAGGGUGGUUUCAGUUUCUCCCAGACAUACCUGAAUUUUUACAUCAGUCCCUUUAAAGAAAAUCUGUAUUUCAAAGAACCUUUCUCUGCAGUAAAUCUCGCAGAGGAAUUUGCACUAUUACACUUGAAAAUUGUUACUGUUAACCUUUUUGGCAGCUCAAUAGGAAAGCUGAACGUUUUAAACAUGGUAGUACUGGAAAUUUUACAAGACUUUUACCUAGCACUUAAAAUAUGUAUAAAUGUACAUAAAGACAAACUAGUAAGCAUGACCUGGGGAAAUGGUCAGACCUUGUAUUGUGUUUUUGGCCUUGAAAGUAGCAAGUGACCAGAAUCUGCCAUGGCAACAGGCUUUAAAAAAGACCCUUAAAAAAGACACUGUCUCAACUGUGGUGUUAGCACCAGCCAGCUCUCUGUACAUUUGCUAGCUUGUAGUUUUCUAAGACUGAGUAAACUUCUUAUUUUUAGAAAGUGGAGGUCUGGUUUGUAACUUUCCUUGUACUUAAUUGGGUAAAAGUCUUUUCCACAAACCACCAUCUAUUUUGUGAACUUUGUUAGUCAUCUUUUAUUUGGUAAAUUAUGAACUGGUGUAAAUUUGUACAGUUCAUGUAUAUUGAUUGUGGCAAAGUUGUACAGAUUUCUAUAUUUUGGAUGAGAAAUUUUUCUUCUCUCUAUAAUAAAUUGUUUCUUAUCUUGGCAUUUUAA